AUGCUGCGGACUGUCCUGCUGCUGCUGCUGGCCCUGGCCCAGACCGCGUGCCCGAGCCCAGCCAGCGUGGCCAUCCGGCGGGCUGAGGCGCUGAAAAAACUCCUGGAAGUCUUUGGCAUGGAAGACCCGCCAGCCCCUCCAACUCACUUCAAGCAGCCGCCCCAGUACAUGGUGGAUCUAUUCAACACUGUCGCCAACGCGGAUGGUGUCACCAAGAACCCUGACAUCCUGGAGGGCAACACCGUCCGCAGCUUCCUGGAGAAAACUCACAGCGAGGAGAUGCGGUUCCUGUUCGUCCUCUCCAGCGUGGCCAAGAACGAGAAGAUCCUGACGGCAGAGCUGCACCUCUUCCGCCUCUGGCCGAGGGUCACAGAUGGGCCCAAACGGCAGCACUUCUGCCAGGUCAAUGUGUACCAGGUGCUGGAGAAAGACAAGCCAGACACCCCUGGAGGGAAGAAGCUGCUGGCAGCACGGCUUGUCUCACUGCAAACCUCGGGCUGGGAGGUCUUUGCCAUCACGCCAGCUGUUCAUGACUGGACCGAAGAUGAAAGCAGCAACCAGGGUUUGCUGGUGACAGUCCAGAGCCGGGGGGGGAGCCCACUCGACCCCCCACCGCUGCAGUUUGCAUCUGGCCGGGGCCACCACGAGAGCAAGAAGCCCAUGUUGGUGCUUUUCACGGACGAUGGGCGUCGCGGAGCGUCGCUGCCCACAGCCGGCUCCCCAGAUUUAACAUCUCAGACUUCCGAUCUCCCUGCCAAGAUGCCGGUGCCCAAGCCAGGCAGGUCGCGCAGUACACGCUCCCUGGGCCGGCUCCAGCCCUGCCAGAGGCAUCCUUUGUCCGUGGACUUUGAGGAGAUUGGCUGGUCUGGCUGGAUCAUCUCACCACGGGGGUACAACGCCUUCCACUGCAAAGGCUCCUGCCCCUUCCCUCUGGGCGAGAACAUGCGGCCGACCAACCACGCCACAGUGCAGUCCAUCAUCAAUGCCCUGAAGCUGAGCGAGGGCGUCAGCAGCCCCUGCUGUGUGCCCGACAAGCUCUUCUCCAUCAACCUCCUCUACUUCGACGAUGACGAGAAUGUGGUCCUCAAGCAGUACGAUGACAUGGUGGCCGGGAGCUGUGGCUGCCACUGA